AUGAAAGCAUUGAAAAAACGAAAAUCGCGGCAACUGUCCGAGGAUGAGUUCCGCGAGGCAUUCGGAUUCAAGCAGAAUCCAAUCGCCAGGGCGCAAGUCCCGUUGGUGAUCCCUACUCGCCGCGUAAUCCCGGCGAAAUCGGUUGCAGAUUCGUCGAGUUGGGCAUCAAAAGACGAGCUUGGAUCCCGCGAUGAGCUUUCCUCUCAAAGCCUGGACGAGCCCAGCGGGAUGUCCGAAGAUCCCUCACGUGGAUCAGCUGAUCGCCUUAACUUCAACUCUGUCGAAACAUGCUCAUCCGGCGUCGGCUCUGACUACUCCGAGCGCACCCAGUCGCAAGAUGAGCUCGCCGUGCCAGACAUUCCCCUCGAGGCUCAGUUGCAAAUAAAUAGAAGAGCAUCUCGCUACCGCCCAAUUAGGGUGAACAUUGAAGCAAGCAGCCAUGUUCGACAGGAACAUGCUGGAUACAUUCAUCAUAGAGUCGGGAGACGCAAAUGGACCCAGAUUUGGGCAGUCGCCGUCGAGCGACUGCUGUAUCUGUACUCAUCGGUCACAUCGGAUGUGACAAUCGACGUCGUCAACCUGAACGACUACACCCUCGAAGGCGACCUGAUUCAACCAAGCCAACACAAGUUCCGAUUGAAGAUCACCCACCCACAAGCAGAAACACACGAGUUCUACACAACGAAUGCAGACUCAUUCUAUCUUUGGUUCGCCACCUUUGACCGGCUCUCGUCAAAGCGAACAACGCCCAAGACCAUUGUGCAGGAGAAGAUUCAGCAGCAAAAUCAGCUCAGCAUGAAACGCGAGGCGAAGAAAUCGAUCAAGCCAUUCGAUAUUCUCGGAGACAUGAAGAAACUCGAUCUCUCCCCACGAAGCUUGGAGAAAGAAAAAAUCCAAGAAGACCACCGCCGGCUCGAGAUUGAAACAGCCAUAGAGAUCCAAUGCAAACUAACACGCCUUACUCAACGUCGUCACUCCAUCUCGCAGAAGAUUCAGUCGCUCAAUCGCUCGGGUCUUGAUCCGACGAAAAGCCGCCGCUUCCGGCUUCAGAAUGAUCUCGCCGCGGUCAAUAAGGACAUUGAAAACACCGUGCUCAACUCGAAGUCGUCUAUGAGCCAGAUUGCAGCAUCACGUGAGCGAGAGCUGACGCGAAAACGGCUCAUCAGAACCCCUGGCGAUUCUAGCAUUGACGAGUCCAGCAGCGAGCUUGACAAUCAGGAAGUGAUCAUUCCGACGGCAAUCAUGAUGGAAUCCAGACCACAAUCGGCCACUCCCCAAUCUCGUCGAUCCAGUUUGCCGAAGACAUUCCGAAAGAUCCGCUCCUUCGCGCGAUCUCUUUCUCGCUCAACAUCGGUCAACAAGGAACGACCAACGAAAAGCUCUGCUUCUCUUCGAACCGCCAGUUCAACACGAACAGACAGCUACAAAUCCAUUGACUGUGGCUUGACGACUCCUAAUCUCCAAAAGCAAAAGUCGAACACUUCGGUUCUGUCCGACAAAGAAAAGACGAAGCAAAAGAACAUGGCGAAAUUGGAUCCAGACACACUCGAGGAAAUCCGAAAAUUCGAGGAGCUCGCAGCUGAGUUUGACUCCACCCCGAAAGCGAAAGCUCCCACGCUAGAAUCAACCCUUCCCAGUCCCAUGGACCCGCUCAAUCUGUCUUCCACUGACACCGAGUCAUCGUCUUCCGAUCCUCCCUUCCGCGAAAAUCUCAUCUAA